AUGUUAGAAGGGAUUCACUCAAGCAAAAUAAGAAGACAUACAGAUGCGAAGAUGACGAGAAAGUUUCUAUUCUGUUUUCCCCUAAGGCUGGGGAAUGUUAUAUUCGGAUACAUUGUAAUAAUUAUAGCCAUAGCAAUAGUGGCAUUUCAUCUCUACGAGUUACUCUUAAACCUGACCAAUGACUUCUUCCAGAAGACUGAGAAAUUUAGCAAUUUCCAGAAUCUCGAUAAUAUCUUCGGUUCAUCUAAAGACUCGUUAGAUAAGAUCGUAGUGUUAACGUAUUACCUCACAUACAUCACAAUUGGAAUGCUUUUAUUUUUCUUCUCUAUUCUGUUCACGUGUGGUGCAUAUAAGGCCAACCACUGUUUGGUAACUACAUUCUUCGUAUACAGCUUCUUUCAUUUGUUCUUCACAAUAAUACUGGUUGUGUGGGAAGCUCUAUCCGCUGGCUGGAUACAAUUAGGCUUAAUUGCGUUGUCGGAUUUGCUCCUGAUAAUUUGUCUCUUCAGCGUCAAGUAUCUAAUGGAAGCAAUCCGAACAGGCAACAUUUAUAGUCGACCCGGAGAAGUUUAUUAUACUUAUUAA